AUGUCUUCUGCCGGAGCUCCUUACUGUAUCAUCUGCGGCACAUUAAUCCAUAACCGCACUCGCCGUAAUGAAUGGCGGGGCCAGUAUCGAGCAGUCCGGGUUAUUCCAGGUGAUGAUAGAGGGCCAUUACUGACCGGGGUAGCGAGGUUUAUACAUGGAAAAAGGCUACUUCGUGCUCCAUCAAACCCCUACGAGCGAUAUGAAAAUGAUAUAUAUAAUGAAGAAACGGAAUCCGAUGAGUUUCCUUCUCAGGGGAGAACGUCAGCAGACCAUCCACUCCCAGGUUUUGUAUUCCAUGACUCUUGCUGGGGAAUCCUGAAGGCUCUUGUUUACCCCCAUGAAAUAUCGAUAUCCCGGUUAUAUGAUAUCUGUCUUUCGUUCCCUUCUCAGGAGUACGGCCUGCUUACCUGGGGUCAUGGCUAUGGGAGCAACUGCUCCGAUAUGGAGCUAGUCAACUAUUAUCGGUCAACGUACCAGCAAUCAUUUUUUCUUCGAGAUCCCCUGGAUAUCCCUGAAUUGCACGCCGCUCUCCAAGAAGCAGGAGGAGAGAGAGGCAAAGAAAUGGUGGUUAAAUGCAGUCCCGUCUCCGAGAAGAUUGACUGUGACAGGUUCUACUCACUACCAUUUGAAAUACGGGAAGAUAUACAGUGUUUGCUCGGCCGGCGUGAUGUAGCCAGCCUACGAAUGGCUUCGAGGUCCUUUGCUAGCAUGCCACUUUCGCAAUAUUUCUGGCGGUCCCGAUUCCUACCAUGUUUUGAGAGAGGGUUUAUCUUUGAGGCCUUAAAACCUGGGCUAGAUAUUGCCCAACCUGGAACUGCUGCUAUUCACUAUGAUUGGAAAGUUUUAUAUGAGAAAACAGACCCAGCUCUGAAGCACUUUGAAGCUAUACGGAAUCGACGAAGAAUAUGGGAAUGCAACAGAUCCCUUGCGGAGCUACUUGUCUCACAGCCCACGUUGGAUAACGGAGAUGCAGAUGCUAUGGAAGAACACAACCAUGUUCUCUGGCGGACAACAGCGGCCAAACCCAUGGAGCCAGCCAGGGUAGAUAGUGUGAGAGGAUUCUUCGCAUAUGUUGCUCCGCACCCCCCUCCAAGUAUUCUCAAGGAGUAUGCCAUUCGUGUCCCUGCCCAAAUAUCACAGAUUGCUAUGUCUCUAGUUUGCUUCAAUAAGAACACAUACAUCUCUGGUAUAAGGAUCAGAACUCCAGACCAGAAGGAGGUUAGGCUAGGCUACAUCCGCCCUAAUUACGAAGACAUUCUUGAUAUUGGCCAGCAGGGAUCGAAUCCAAACUCUCGAGUUCUCACCGGAUUUGUCAUAUGCGCUGACCCUGAGGGCAUCCGUGGAAUCAGGGCAGUUACUGCUGAUGGCCAUAUGUCCAGCUGGGCAGGCGACCAUGAUGAUUUACCCAGCACCCUCCGCCUAUGUCUAAAUGAACGUAUAUCUCAUAUCAAAGCAGGGUUCGAUGCAUUUAGGAUAAAUUCUCUCUCUGUCCCUGAAGAGGAGCAAAUACACAAUCAGAACCCACCUUGCUUGUCCCCUCGCAAGGCAACGUUAUGGUAUCCUGAUAUCCCGUCUGAAGACCAACAUCUGCACGAAGUCGACUUUGUAGAUCACUACGAAGUCCAGCCGUCUCCCCUGAGUCACCAACGCCCGCAUAUACUGCUAAUGUUCGGUGGCCAGCAGGGGAACUAUCUACAGUACCUAACGAAGAUAUCAGUCAGUACGCUGGCGGGAAUCUUGACUUGGAUAGACUUCUACUAUGACUGUGACAAUGCGCCUGUUAGCUCCUUGUCUGUAUUUCCAGGCAAGGAAAAGUACGAGAACCAGUCCAAGAUACAAUUCAACAUUGAUGGACCUGGUGGCGAGAGAGUGACGGGCUUCCGAGUCAAGGAUAAGCAGUGGUGGACUCCGAAGAAUGAGCCCAUUAGCUUUAGCAUUACCACCCUUGAGGUUGCUACGAAUCGAGGGCGGACUUUUACGUUUGAUGCCAACAUGCUUCCAAAGAUCAGGCUGCCUUUAGGAACACAUACACAGCAGAAAAAGAAGAAGUUGGAGAUCCAUCCAGACUCAACUAUUACGGGUAUCUAUGUCACGCAUGAGGCUUCCAAUGGAUUGACCGGGUUGGGUGUUAUUUCUGAGAAGCUACGGACGUAG